GACAAUGUGUUGCUUCCUUUAAUUACAGUCUGAGAAUUAGCUUCAGAUGUGGAAGAAUACAACAAAAAGAAAUGAAAAAGCUGCAAGUCAUUUAAUGACCAAAUAAGGUCACCAUUCUCAUUGAUUUAUCUGAUAUGCUUCUCCUGGAGCCAUGGAUGAAUACAACCGCUUUGUGGAUUGGGACAAAAUGGAUGUUACUGUCCAGAGCCAGGAUGCGAAGGAGCUAACAUGCACAGAGUUCCAGGACCUCAAGCAGCUGGCCCGGCAGGGCUACUGGUCCAAGAACCACUCUCUGAGAGCCAAAGCGUACCACAAACUGAUUAGCAAUAUCCCAUGCCGCACAGUGACCCCAGAUGCAAAUGUGUACCGGGACAUUGUUGUGAAGAUUGUUGGAAAACGUAACAGUAGCUCCCUUCCGCUACCAGAGUUUGUGGAUAACAGCCUGGUCCCCACGUACUGCUUGAAUGCAGAAGGCAUCGGGGCAGUCAGGAAGAUUAUAUUGUGCAUUGCGAAUCAGUUCCCAGACAUAUCGUUUUGCCCAGCGCUGCCUUCUGUGAUAGCUUUGCUCCUCCACUACAGCAAAGAUGAGGCAGAGUGCUUUGAACAGGUUUGUCGCAUCCUCGCUUGCAAUGACCCAUCUAAGCGGCUCAUUGAUCAGACAUUCUUAGCUUUUGAGUCCUCCUGCAUGACCUUUGGUGACCUGGUUAACAAGUACUGUCAGGCAGCACAUAAGCUGAUGGUGGCAGUGUCCGAGGAUGUGUUGGAGGUAUACUCCGACUGGCAACGGUGGCUCUUUGGAGAACUGCCUAUGGUGUACAUUGCUCGGGUCUUUGAUGUGUUUCUGGUGGAGGGCUACAAAGUUCUCUAUCGUGUUGCACUGGCUCUUCUGAAAUUUUUUCACAAGGUCAGAGCUGGGCAGCCCAUGGAGUCUGACAGCAUACAGCAGGACAUUCGAGCUUUUGUGAGAGACAUUGCCAAGUCAGUGUCUCCAGAGAGGCUUUUGGAAAAAGCUUUUGCUAUCCGCCUUUUCUCACGGAAGGAGAUCCAGCUUCUGCAGAUGGCCAAUGAGAAGGCUUUGCAGCAGAAGGGCAUCACGGUCAAACAGAAAAGUGUUGCAUCUCCCAAAAGGCAGAAUGUGCACUUAGCAGUUCAUGCUGAGAACUUCAAGUCUGAAAUUGUCAGCGUGAAAGAGAUGCGAGAUAUCUGGUCAUGGAUCCCGGAGCGAUUUGCACUUUGCCAGCCCCUCUUGCUUUUUACCACCUUGGAACAUGGCUGUAGUCUGAGCAGGUUCUAUUCUCACAGUGAGGGACACGAACCAACUCUUCUCCUCAUCAAGACCACAGCAAAAGAGGUCUGUGGUGCUUAUCUGUCAACUGACUGGAGUGAGCGCAGGCGAGGAGGCAACAAGCUGAGUUUCUUUGGAACUGGGGAAUGCUUUGUAUUUAGGCUGCAGCCAGAAGUGGAACGCUACGAGUGGGUGAUCAUAAAACACCCAGAACUGGCCACAACUGGUUCAGAGCCAGAAAAUCAUGCCUCACCAGCUUCCAGCACCCUCUCUUCCAGCAGUGUCCCAUCAGACCCCUCAGAUCGCCUUUCUCCCUUCUUAUCGGCUCGGCACUUCAACUUGCCUUCCAAAACAGCCUCCAUGUUCAUGGCUGGCAGCAGCGAAUGCAUCAUUAUAGGAGGUGGCGAUGGCCAGGCUCUUUACCUCGAUGCAGAUCUGAACCACGGAAGAACCAGCCACUGCAAUACUUUCAAUAAUCAGCCAUUGUGUUCUGAAAGCUUCCAGAUCUCUGUCUUGGAGGUGUGGGGCUUCAGGGACACCAUGAAUGGUUGAUGUGACUAUCAUUAAUUAACUAGUUUUUCAAUUGUCCUAGGAUUCCCAAGGCAAACUUUAAUGCAGGAGCCAAGUUAGAACAUAAUUUCUGCUAGGCUCAGUGUUUUUUAGUAAUUACUAAGUGGUGCAAUUAAAUGCAGGGCUUAGUUGUUUACUCUUAUUUUAAGACAGGUCAAGGUGAAGUAAUAUAUCUGAUUAACUCCUCCUUAGCUCUUUACCUCUAGAGAUCUGGAUUCAGGUCCUGUUGUUAGGUAAAAAUAAAUAUGUAAUGAUUUCAAACCAUCCUAAAUGGAUACAAGUCUAUAUCACAGGAUAGGUUUGCAAUUUGAUUUAAUUCCUCAGAGGCACAGAGCUGGCUGAGGUGUACUGUAGAGUUCUGUGCCACUGGCACCAGUAUCUGGCUUAAGCCAGUAAUAUCAAAUGUCUGCUCACAGGGAACAUUGGUGACCUCAGAUUUGAUGUAGAACAGCAGUUCAUAAAAUCAUUGUCCUACCAUAAGUAGACGUUGUGCAGACAUAUCAGUACCAUUUUGUAAGUUAUGAGAGCCCUCAAUUCACACAAGAACUAUGAUUGCUAAUUAUCCUUCUCCUUGUAUCUGAACCCUUGACACAUUCCAGUUGCAUCUGUUUGAGGAGUUUGCCUCUGAGAAAGGCAUCCAUACUGGGCGACGAUAUCUCAAAGGCUUGAUUUUGUUUACAUUCCUAUUCCAUAUCAGUAUAAUGACUUCAGACUGACUCAUGUUUCAGGCAGCUGAAAGCUACAGUGUAUAUGCAAUGCUCAGAAACCUCCCUUUCUUUGUCUUUCCUGGAAGCUUAAAUCUGAGAAUAACUGUGCUGAUAUCACUACAUAUUUGGGGAAUUAGACAUUGUGAUACAGAAGCUUAAAGCUCUCCCCACAAGUAAAUGAAGGGAGGUGGGAGGGAAAUCUGUGUAAUAUUAUUCUGGGAGUGGAUGAGUUUCCCAGGAGAACUCUAGGUGACACUGUUUCUCCAUAUCAUGAGUCUUCCCUGUGAUGAGAACCUGAAAAAGGUAACACUUUUUUGCCAGUAGUGUUCUGGUAGGGUUUGGAUAAUGCAAAGAGGCUUUUGCUCAUUCCUGAGAAUUCAUACAGUUCUCUGCAAGCAUGCCUUGUGGCUUGUGAUGUCUGGAGGCAAUUGUCUAGUGUCUUUAUCUAAAACUUGCGGUAUCUGCUGUAGGACUUCUCCCACGUGAAGCACAAGUACAUAAACAUUGAUGGAUAGUCCAGAGCAUAUGACAGGAUGCUCUCAAAGCUUCGGUGGGUAAUUCACUAGUAAGAAGAUUUACCACAACAAGUAAAAUGAGGAGAAAAACGAAUUGCUGUUUUUUUCAGCAGUUCAAUCUAAAAAUUUGCUUUAGAGUGGGGGAAAUGUUAUUACUACUUAAAAUUUAAGUUCAUUAAAAGGAAAAAAGAAAAAAUUGUAGUGAUUAAAUCUCAGUGAAGCUGGAGAUGGUCAUGUUAAUAUUCAGAGGUCACAGGUGAGUCUUGUUGGUAAUGUUGGCUUGUUUAGCUUGCCAUCAAUGAAAAUACCAUGUGUCUUGGUAAAGUGUUGCCUCUUGCAAAGUAUAUGAACAAACUUGGCAAAAAUGUGAUUUGCUUCUUAAGGUGCCAUUUUGAAUUUUUGUCAAAAUAACUCUUUGAAAUAUUAGACUUCAUAUACAACAGUUCAAGAUGUCUUUUGCACCAUUUAUAUUUGCAAUUAGAUUAUUUCACCCUGUGUGAGAGUCAGCACUAGGCCUCUUUCUUUCCCACUUCCCACUCAGUUCUGUCCAGCUGGCUUCUUGUAGUUUACCAUAAGCUUGAUUGAACUAGAAGGGAAGGUAUAAUUCAGUUAUACUUACAUAUUUUGAGGAGGAAGAACUUGAGCAGUCAUAUCUGGCUUUUUACAAAUACUGACUGAUGCUGCCUUCUAUUGUUUUUUUUUCAAAGUUAGCUGCAUCACUUUGCACUUGCUAGUAUCCCACAAGCUUCCUCAGACAAAACAAAUGUAUCCCAUUUAGUAGGCUCUCUUAAAUGUAGGUGGUAUUUCAGUUUUGUCCCUAUCUCCUU